UGUCAAGUUAAAAUCAAAUCAAAAGUCAAAACAUUUAUUUGUAAGUUGUAAUACAAAUUUAUAGAUGCAUAGUAUUCCUAAAUUAUAACAUUAUUGGAGUUGUAAUUAUAGAAUUGAAAAAUAAGCGUAAUAAAAAUGACAUACGGUCAUAUUCAUAGAUUUUUGUUGAGAUCUGUUGCCAGUCGUGGUGUGAUGUCGAUAACUGAAUCGCAGGCGGUUUUACACAAGAUUGCCGAUAAUGAAGAAAUUCACCUUGAAGACAUUGUCAAAGAAAUUAACACUGAAAUCCGCCCUUUCAAGCAAGCUAUUAAAGUGACUAAUGAUGAAAUGACGAAUGAAAGAGUCUUGGUAUUUGUAUCCCUCGGCUAUGACGAUGCUACAAAGUCGCAGAAUGUAUUUUCAGUGACUGAGUUGGAGUACUUCAGAGUGUUGAUCGAACAGAUCAUGACAACAGAGACUAGACAGAUUACAGGAAUACUUGCACUUAAUUUAGUGAGCAAUGUGAAGACUACAUUUACCAAAAGUGAUGCACAGAAACUAUUGAAACUUUGGUGCCGGAUGAGAUACUUGGAUAAAGAUGAAAACAACUAUGCUCUGGGUAUCAGGGCUAUUCAUGAGUUUGAGGGAUAUCUGCGUGAGAAUAUGCCAGACACUGUAGAAGAAUGCUGUCUGUGUAAACAGGUUGUUUUUAGGGGAGUUAAUUGUCCAGCAUGUGCAAAGGCAAUCCACACAAGAUGUCUGAAUAAAUAUUUAGAAAAAGUUAAAAAAUGGCCAUGCUGCCAAAUUGAAUUCUGCCAAGAACAGAUUGAACAGCUUAAUCAAGAAGAAAGUUCCAGGGUAAUACCAUCCAUAUCGCAAACUGAGGUGGUGGAGACAUCACUGCCAUCUGACGAAAGCACAUCAAUGGAAGUUACCCAGCCAACACAAGAAGGGGAGGAAAAUCACAUGAUUCCAGAAAUUUCUCAACGAGUUACUAGAAAGAGAAAGAGACAGAUCCAGUGAGAUAUAUUGUUUUUAUUUGGUGGUAUCAGUCUAUAAACUCAUGGAUAAGCAUUCCAGAAACAAGUGGCCGAUUUCAAUGAACAUUCUAACCACUACCAACAGAUCGAUAGAACUUACUUUUUUAUUUAUUCGUUGCAUUAAUCAGUAGUUAGUUUUAGCCGUUUGUUGAAAUCAGCCAUUACAUAAUAAUAAUACAAAAAAUGUUAGCCUAGUUGGUUGUGGAACGGACUGCCGAUACGAAUGUCCGCAGGUUCAAAUCUCAAGGGCACACACCUCUGAUUUUUCUAAAAAAUUAUGUAUUCUUUAUGAAUUAUCGCUUGCUUUAACGGUGAAAGAAAACAUAGUGAGGAAACCUGCAUACCUGAGCCCAGCGUGGUCGACUAAGGCCUAAUCCUUCUCAGUAGGAGAGGAGGCCCGUGCCCAACUGUGGGACAGUAUAUAAUAUAGGGCUGAUAUUAUUAUUAUUAUAAUAAUAAUGUGUCAAGGAACAUCAUGACUUAUGAAGCCACAUACCGCUGGCUGUUCAUUCUUUAAGACAUAUUUACCUUGUAUUGCCAAUAACAAAUAAUGAAUUUAUUGACUGACCAACCUAAUCAGUACCUAAUUUUCCAUUUGUCUUGUAGUUUUAUUUUAUUUUUGAUACUAUCUGUAUUAGAGUAAUUGUAUUGUUUGCUUUGUUGUUUUUAGAUUUUAAUAAAUAUAUUGUAGAUAUUUA